AUGCAGAGUCCUCUAAAACUUCAGGGAGCAUCUCGCACUACAGGGGGAAUCCUUUGUGGUAACACCUAUGGAAACAUUGAAAACAUGGCAGAUUUAUUAGAGACAGAUAAUCAGGGACAGGGCAAAGUAUGGGGUCACGUCAAUAUCUAUGUUUCCAGUGAGAAUCCUGCCCUUGUUGAUCCCUCAUCGGCAAGGUCCGCUUUCUCUGCUGUCACACAAGUUGUACCACGACUUGGACCUGUUCUUGAAGAUGUAGCAGUCACAUUCUCACCUCUCAAAAAUUGUAAUUUACGGGUGUUUAGUCUGGAUAAUGAUGCAUGGGUUGUUCAAGGGCAGUAUAAUUCUGCAAUUCAAGGUGGUGGAGAUCAGGCUCAUUGGGUGUUUGGGGGCAACAAGUAUCAUUUAGUGAUUUUGACCCUUUCUCAGCCAAGCCUUCAACCACAGAUACUCCCACAGCAUAGGCUGCCUCAGUAA